AUGAACUCUGCCAUCCGAUCCAUCCGCAACCUCGCUCCCCUCCUGGACCGCGUGCUCGUCCAGCGCGUCAAGGCCGAGGCCAAGACCGCCAGCGGCAUCUUCCUGCCCGAGUCGAGCGUCGAGAAGCUCAACGAGGCCAAGGUUCUCGCCGUCGGACCCGGUGGUCUGGACCGCGAUGGCAAGCGCAUCCCCAUGGGCGUUGCCGUCGGUGACCGUGUUCUGAUUCCUCAGUUUGGUGGCUCGCCUGUCAAGGCCGGUGAGGAGGAGUACCAGCUGUUCCGUGACAGCGAGAUUCUCGCCAAGAUCAACGAGUAAAAGAAGAAGAAGCAAAAGCAAUAAUACCCGACGUCAUGACGAGUGUACUAUACUGUGUACCAUACGAAUGAAAAGGAAAUUAUAAAAAAGACAAUUAACAAUUCAAAAAAACUAAACAAAAUCUUUACAUGACAAAUUUUGAGGAUAUAGCGGCAUCAAAUACUCUGGGGGGGGGGGGGGCUUCCUUGAAGAGGGCAACUGAGAGGAGAAGAUACAGAAUAUCUUGCAUAGACUGGAAGCGGCUUGUACCAUGAGUGGUGUGAAAAGUGUAGGAUGAGUGCUUUAUGAGUGAUUUUCGCGGAGGCUGUCGGUGUUUUUUUUAUACGAAAUCUCCACUCAUGGUGUUUAUGCUUUUUUGAAAAUCUUUAUUUUUGGCUCUGGCU